UUUCUGUUGACAUCCACCCGCUUGACCUUAUGCAGUUGCGAGCGCCAAAAAAACCUUAUUAAAAAUAAACUAAACUCUCCCCAGAUGGGGAUUUCGAAGUCCAUAAAAAUAGUCGAAUUCUCUCUAUAUCUACCUUAAUGUACAAGAAAUCUUUUUUGAUUACGGGGUUUUUGUAGUUAUGGAACUCACACGUUGAGAGUCAGGAUUGUUUUUAUCCAGAGAAGACGGAAAUCGAACUCACAGGAGAUACCGCUUCUGAUGGACGAGUGGCUUGUUUAAAACGUUAAUACUCUUGCUGCUGUUGUUGUUCCUGCUGCUGCUGUUGCUGCUGCUGCUGCUGCUGCUGCUGCUGCUGCUGCUGUUGUUGCUGUUGCUGCUGUUAAAUAUGACAGUGGGGAUAUCAAGUGUGCUAGUUACUAACGGUAUGAAAACAACAACACCGUGUACUGCAUUCUAUUUCCAGAUACGUUACCACAGUACAGAGAACAUAAGUACAUGUAUUUGACGAUGCCGCUGGCAAGAACAACAACGACAACCGGUGUGUUACUGUUACUGGCUCACCUGGUGACCUUGGUGACCGUUCAAGGUCAAAACAACUGUAAUGUCCUCCGAGAGCCGGGUGUGAUGCACAUGGACCUGAGGCUUCCAAAAACAGAAGUACCGACCGACCUCACGACGUACGUGUGCCACUCACUUAAGCUACCUGUCAGUUUGACGGAGACAUAUUACGCCAUAGGUUUCGAGCCACUCAUCAGAAGCCCGGACAUCAUGCAUCACAUGAUCUUGUUUGGUUGUCCAGAUCCGGUCAACGAAUCCACACCCCACAGGUGUGGAGGGGCAGAUAACCAAUGCCGCAGUUUCCUGGUGCAGUGGUCCAUGGGCAUCGAUGGGCCCAUCUGCUCCCCACCAGACACUGGUAUUCGGUUUGGGCUCAAUUCCAUCCAGUCGAUGGCACUGCAGAUUCAUUGGAAUAACGCCAACCGUACUAGUAAUCUAACAGAUACAUCUGGCGUCAGGGUAUUUUUCACGCAAAAGCCACAGCGUUAUGACGUCGGCAACGUUCAAGUCGGUCAGAAUGACCUGGAAAUUCCUGGAGGAAGAAGUCGCGUUGAGCAGAAGGGCAGCUGCAGUUCUGGGUGCACCAAGGAAUGGCUGAAGGAGCCUAUCUACUUAACCCGGGGCCACAUCCACAUGCACUAUCUGGGUGACGGCGGAGUGCUAGAGGUGGUGCGGGGCGGUAAGGUGGUGAGUGAGGCUAUACGAGACGAGCACUUUGACUAUAACACUCCUCCCGCUCACUACUUUAACCCUCCCGUGGAGGUGAGACCAGGGGACGAGAUGAGACUGACCUGUUUCUUCAACAGUCGAGACGGACCGAGGAGCAGGAAUAGAACCGUGUAUUGGGGAGAAGGUUCCGAUGGCGAGAUGUGCUACGCUUUCCUCACCUACUACCCCAAAGUCCAGGGCUUUGACCAGUGUAUACAGUUUGACCGUUACGACAUCUGCUCUCCCACAGGAUUCGCGGCGCUGGGCGAGUGUACGUUCCCGGGGUUCAUCUACUCCUAUAAGGAGGGCAUGUCUAAGGAGAUCCUCAAGAACUGUCUGGUGACCAAAGACGACGACACGCCGACAACCAACUUUAACCCAACCAGCAUCGACCUCAGGAAGGGCACACAGCGCGGGAAAGGGAAACUCUGCUCGGCGAAAUGCGACAUUGCCAUCAGGGAACUCACCGACCACCCAUGCAUGCAGGGCCGGUUGGGAAAACAGGCAAGGCGAGUCCACCUACCUCCAAUCCCAAGCUGGGCACAAGUGAGGGUCACCCUGGACAGUCAGGCUCGCUACUGCAGGGACUGAUUGAUAAAUGUUUCGAAUACGGCACUUCUGAAAGACUAAUGUCAGUUCCAGUAUUCACGAUCUCAUUCUUGGCCAAACCAAACACUUUUACAUUCCAAAGACUGAGAGAGGUUUACUUUUUUUUCUUCAUUUUUUUCUCGGAGAAGCUGAAUAUCUCUGCUCAACACAAAUAUAGGCAAAUGCCCUGCUGCCAAAUCUGGUUACAACAUUCAUUGUGUCAUAAAUAGAAGCAAAAAACAAAAAAGCUCUUUAGAAGGGAAAAGGAGUUAUUCGGGUACUGCUUAUCAAAGACUUUACUUUUAUCCGCCGCUUAUACCCCUUUGGGUGUCGCAGGAAGAAAGAGAUGUCUCUCUGCCACCAGCCGGAGAGCUUGGGUCAGGCGGAUGCCAUGAGUUGUUAGUGUUUUCCUGACUCCAUCUAUCCAGGUCUUUCUCGGUCGCCCUCUAGCCCUGUUGCAAUUGAAUUUUUUUAUAUAGGCUCGUUGUGCUAGAUGGUGUGUUGGUAAUUGCAUGAGACGUCCGAACUAAUCAAAGACAAACCCCAUAAUUUUUAUGUAAAACUAAUUUACAACCAGCAAGUGUUAUGCCAAAUUAAAAUAAAUAAAAAUAAUAU